AUGGUCAUUUUAGUGGACAACAAUUCCGCUGCUGGGAUAGACCUCACUGAGGAGGCUAAUCCACUUUUAUAUUCCGGAACGGAGCGAGGCUCCAUCCACAUUGGUAUGUUAGUGGGCGUUCCGCCUGGCAGAGCGCUUGGCCUCUUGGGGCACCCAAGGUGCGGGUUGCCUCAGCACCGACAGUCUACCUUGGGGGAUGCCUUUUGUGGCGCCGGCGGCGGAUCCUGUGGUGCUAGGAAAGCUGGCGUCCACAACGAAUGGGCGGUGGAUUUCUCCAAUCACGCCCUUGAGACCGAUGGGCGUCAUUUCCCCACGACGGACUGGUGGCAGGCAGAGGUCAACCGCUUCCGAAGCCUCAAUUACAACUACCUCAGGGUUGACAUCCUUCAUAGAUCGCCUCCCUGUCAGCCGUCCACCCCGGCACCGGACACGCCGACCCCAGCCCUGCCGGCUUCCCUGCCUCUCACCUGCCGGUUGCACUGA